AUGGGAGUGGCGAAACCAGAUACAUUACAUACAUUGUAUGCCAAUAUUCGCAAGGAAUCUACAGCCAGUAAUGCUGCCGUGUUGAUACUAGCCACUCCAGAUGUGGAUUCGCUAUGUGCUUGCAAAAUUCUGACGACACUUUUCAAAGCAGACUGCAUUCCUCACAAGGUCAUUCCAGUGGCAGGUUACAUGGAUUUGGGUGCUGCCAACUCAAAUCACGUCGAAAAUCAUGAAGAGCUGCGGAGCAUAGUCAUGUUGAAUUGUGGUGGACUAGUUGAUGUCAACGAGUUCUUUACUCUAUCAGACUCUACAAUGGUUUACUUGGUCGAUUCACAUAGACCCAUCAAUUUGUCAAACCUGUUUUCAAGUCCUCGAAUUGUGGUGGUUAAGGAGCAAGAGAGUGAUGCGGAAGCUGCAGAGCUACAAGAAUUGCAACAUGCCUAUACGGUCGUCGAGUACGACGACGAUGAUGAUGAAGACGAGGACGACGAUGAUGACCAUGAUCCAGAACAGCCACCAGAUCAGGAAGAAGAUGAUGCCGACGAGGAUCAAGACGAUGACGCCGAAAACCCAAAUCCAGAUCGUGCAAACAAUAAAAAGAGGAAAACGGAAUGGGACAUCAACGCCGUAUCUGCCAAACGAGCCAAAUCAGCUGAUGCCAAACGGAAUAAAAGGAGAUCUCAUCGUCUUAUUAAUGAUUACUACUCGGCUGGAACAUAUUGUGGAACUUCGGUUGCCGACAUUAUAUAUACCCUCGCAGAUCAAUUAAAUAGAGCCAACACCCAGCUGCUAUGGCUAGGCAUACUAGGUCUCACCGACCAAUAUCUACAUGAUCGAAUAGAAUCCAAACCAUAUAGAAGGAAAGUAGAAACAUGGAAUCAGCAAGUGGCUCGGUUUGCUGACCCAGAGAGAGAUGACAUUGAUCCUCUCUUGGGUGAACGAAAUAGUCAUUCCGUUAGAGGAGCUGACGAUACUGGUAUACGAGCCGAAGAUGAAUUACGACUAAUGUUGUUUCGACAUUGGUCCUUAAACGAGAGCAUGUUUCAUACCAGUUAUAUCGCCUCACGUUUGGGUAUAUGGCGAGAAAAGGGUCGUACCAAAUUGACCACCCUACUAGUCAAGAUGGGCAUGCCACAAAAAGAAUGUAAUCAACUCUUUUCAGAAAUGAAGGUUAGCCUGAAAAGAUCACUCAAGGAUAAACUCGUAGCAGUAGCUCCAUCAUUCAAGAUUCCCGAUAUACAAUUCCCAUCCUUCUUCAAACAAUAUGGAUAUCGCACUGCUAUAUCAGCUUCGGAUGCUGUAUAUUCCCUCUCAGCUUUAUUGGAUGCUGGAUUUGAAUCUGUACGAGAUUAUGCUCUAUUAGGUCAGUUUGAACAAGGAUCUCGACCUGGUGGUGUUACUUUGGCUGGUGUAGGUGUAGGAAUGCGUAUUGGUGCAGCAGCCGUAGGGAUGAGAGUCUCAGAAUCAAUACACUAUGUCGCCGGCGAGACUGAAGCGGACGAGACAGAACGAGAUUCAGAGUCUGAAAGAGUUCGCAACUUUUUCGUGGCUUAUGAUGCUUUAGAAAGUGUGGAUUUGAUGUAUCAUGGUAUACAGCUUGCCAUGCACUUUCAACGCGCUCUAGUACGAACAGGUCUAUCUGUAUUAGAAAAACGGAUGAUCAAAACCCUGAAAGCUUAUCGUAUGGUCAUUUUGAACGACUCCCAAGGACGGGCUCUAUCAGCAGGCACUAAUGGAAGUGGUAGUAAUAAUGCGCCAGCUGCUGGUGGUAUGGCUGGAGAUCGGGACUACAUGCGACUCAGCUCAAGUCCAGUGCAUCUGACUCGUUUGGCAUCAUUUUUGUCUGAAGCGUGCAAGUUGGAGGGUAAGAAAAAGGAUCUUCCCUUCGUGAUUGCGAGUCCCACAGGAAAUUCCAAACGUCUGGUUAUUGGAUUGGCACCUCCAUUAGAGUCAGGAGACGAUGUCCGAAAAAAUCCAUUUGGUCUCGCAUUCCAAAACACGGCUGCACAGGCUCGUGCUACAAUCAAUAUUGACUUGUUUGAGGCCUCAUCAGUAGAAGUGGAAGAAGAUGAUCUAGCCAGUUUCAUGGAGAUUCUCCAACGAUACGCUUGA